AAUCAAAUAAUGCAUCGUAAGCCAUGUACACUGCCAGCGAUAGAAACUCUUCAAAGGAAUGUUAGGAAGGUUCCUACUUGUUACACGAGAAAAUCAAAAGAUAUCGGUUUUCAUUUACCUCACAGGAAGCUGUUAGAUAAGAUUGAACAUGUAGAAAAAGAACCAGAGCCUUUGACCGGUUUUGGUGUGGCUCAAGAAGAAAGAUUCAAAAGGGAGAGGAAAACUCAUAACUUACAUCUUGAUCCUAUUAAACUAGAUGAAGGUAAGAUUAAUUGUAAAAAGAAAAAAGCUAUUAAAAUACACGAGUCCCGUAGUGACUCUGACGUGGUGGAGCGGGCGCAAGCUACCACAGACCCUCUUAAGGUGAAGCCCGUGGUGGCGUCGCAGAAGGAGGUCAUAGACCAUGUCCGAAACAACCCGGAGUGUGGCUUUCUGUAUAUGGUCUACGCUGUGCACCCGCAGAAUGUGUAUUUCACACCCUAUUAUCUGAAGGUGGUACCAUAUGAGCAAAUUGAUAGAAAAAACUACUUGACGAUAAGUCCCUGUGGUGUGACGCACUACACCAGUGAAAUGGUGUUCACCAAGCUACCAGAUUGGGAGCAAGAAUAUACUAUAUUUGUACAGCUUACCGAUAUAAAAUUUUUCCGAAACUAUCGCUACUGGAAAGCGUUUUACGUGUGGCGAAAGUCGAUAUUAUUCAGGAAGUACAGUAGGAUACGCAAGAAGAUCGCUAAGAAACUGUUCAUUCUGACCCCAGUUUUGGGCAAAGCGCUCCUGAGCAUGCAAGCAAUGUGCUGCGAUAUGUACAUGAAGAGCUUUGCUGAUAUUUCAAAGGACAUGGAUAUAGCAUUCUUUUACUUUAUUGAAGUUCAGAUGAAACAAGUGGAAUACAUGCGUACGAAACUUUACGAAUUUCGUGCAAUAGUACUGGAUGUCAUAACUACAGCAUGCCAUGCUGCUCUGUACCAACAGGGCUUUAUAUACGACGAUCGGAACAUAGCGCCCUUUCAGAUUAUACGAGGGAAGCCCCAGGGAGGCAUGUCGUAUACCGAAAAGGCGAAUAAGAGGAACUAUUGCGAAAGACUUGCUUGUUUCAUAAAACUAAUGGACUACAUGACGAACUACAUGCUGUACCGACUGACGAAGCUGUCGAACUCAAUGAUGGCGAACAUGCUGAGGACGCACGUGCAGUUCGUGCCGGCGAAAGAGUUGCUCGAAGGUUCCGACUUGGAUGAGGUGCUGGAAGUAUUGCCUAGGGACACUGAGACGUGCAAGUGGGCUCUCUUUCAAGUUGACGCUUAUGUCGUACCCUCGGGAGAAGUAGAACUGAAUCCAAGCGAAAAAGUAAUAUCAAAAUAUAUGCAGAGAAUAACUGACUAUUGGGAAGAAUACGUUCGAACCUUCCACAACUUUCUCAAUGAAGAUUCAUUGCAAAUAUUCGUUCAGCCAACUAUAAUGGGGAAGCAAGUCGAGUGGUCCGCUGGCCAGUCACCGAAUUUAUACUUCUUAAUGCACCAAGACAAGCAGAUGUUAGAAGAUAUCAAUUUUAUACCUCUAUGUGUAAGAAAUGCCUUCGAAAACUUGUGGACUUUCCUCAAGCGAAUGAAUAAGUUUAUGGAUAACUUUAGAGAGGCUCAUGAAAUGGACACUAACAUAAUAAGGGAAGAGAGGGACGUGAAUGUGUUUAGGAAGUUGUGUGAGAAGUUUGUUAAACAAAUAGAGGAAAUUGAAGAUGUCGUCAGUUACCAGCCACUGGGAUUACUGUUUCUCUGCCUGUCUCCAUUCCAAGAACUAUUCAGACCUCAACCGAGAAGACUAUUUGACGUUGUUCAUACAACUACACCUGAUAUCGGAAGAACGUGUAUAGACGAAAUUCUAGAAGGAAUAGAAGGCAUCAACGAUGAUAUAACUAAAGAGCCAGAAAGCGCGGGUGAACUCGUGGCUUAUAACUUCUUACUUGAUGGAUUAGAACCUCGAGUUGCUAAAUUGGAAGAAAGGUUGGAGUAUCUAAGGGAAUUGUAUGAUUUGAUGGGUGAAUUUAAUAUCGCCAUACCACCUGAUGACAUGACUGAAUAUUUGGGUCUCAGCGUUGCCCUUGGCAACCUACGCACUAAUGUAGACGCUAGACUGGAGACCCGGGGCAAAUUAGCGGGAAUGUUUGCCAGUCAAAUAGGAAAGGAUAUCAUGGAGUUGAUGCUGGACGUUAAUAAACUGCGAGAUGAAGUUGCACAACCUUGGCUGUACGAUGAAAAAUCUGAAUACGAGAAGGUGUUGGAAGUUCUAGAUGAUUUAGCUGAGAAACUCCAAGUUUGUACCGCAAGGGACAAGCAGAUACGCGAAUGGCAGAAAAUAUUUAAGAUUCCACCAGCGAGACUGGAGUCGCUGGAUGAAGCCAUAACAGAUGUGCGGCUGCGUCAGAUGCUGUGGAAGAAUUCUAAGGAGUGGAACGAUCUAUUUGCAACAUGGUACGAAGCGCCCUUCAAUACGUUGGAUAUAGAUGAGAUUCAAACAACAACCAUCAAUUUCGGUAAAGCUUUCAACCAGCUCGACAAAGGUCUGCCACCUAACAAGAUAGUUCCCGGUUGUAAGGAGACUAUUGAUAUUAUUAAGGAUAAGUUACCAGUCAUGUCAUACCUUCGGAACCCAGCGCUUAAACCUCGCCAUUGGGUCCGUAUAGAGGAGAUUCUUCACACACGCUUCACACCAGACAUGGUGGUGACCCUGAAGAUGCUGGAAGACUUGCAGGCUUUCCAACAUGCGGAGGAGCUGAUGGAAGUCGCUGGUCAAGCGAGCUCGGAAGCUGGUUUGGAAGCUCUGCUGAAGAAGGUGGAAGAAAUCUGGGCCGCGUUAGAAUUCCCCGUCAUACUUCACAAAGACGCCCGAGAUGUCUACGUCCUAGGUGGACUCGAUGAAAUCCAGGCUGCUGUUGAUGAGAGCAAUAUCCACAUCAGCACAAUUCUAAGCUCACGAAACUGUGGACCUAUUAGGAGCAGAGUUGAAGAGUGGGCCAAAAACUUGGAGCUGUUUGCAAGAACUUUGGAAGAGUGGUACGCGUGCCAACAGACCUGGAUAUAUCUAGAAGUGAUAUUCUCAGCUCCGGACAUCCAACGCCAGCUGCCGAACGAGACGCGGCUCUUCACUAUUGUUGAUAAAUCGUGGAAGGAUAUCAUGAGGAAAUUGGCUAAGGUGCCUCUAGCAAUGCCAGCAGCGACUCAGCCGAAGCUAUACGACGAGUUCGUCCGCAACAACGAGAUGCUGGACCAGAUCAUGAAAUGCUUGGAGGCGUAUCUCGAGACCAAGAGAGUGGCCUUCCCGAGGUUCUUCUUCCUGUCGAACGACGAGCUGCUGGAGAUCUUGGCACAGACACGUAAUCCACACGCAGUACAGCCACACUUACGUAAAUGCUUUGACGCGAUCGCGAAACUAGAAUUCGGAGUGAAAUUACCAGAAAGUGAAAUGGAGAUAACGGAAGAUGGGACUCUGGUUGAGAGAGAAAUGUCGUUCGCUACGAGGGACGCUUUGCAGGCGAAGCUGGCUAAAACAGCCAAAGCUGAAGAUCUGACUACGGAUAUUAUUGCCAUGCUCUCACCGGAGGGAGAAAGAAUCAAUUUGGGCAAGGGUCUCAAAGCGCGCGGUAACGUCGAAGACUGGCUGGGCAAAGUGGAGGAGGCAAUGUUCGCUUCAGUGAAGCGCUGCAUGAAGUUCGCGUUGAAGGAUUACCAAGUUCGCCCGAGAGUCGAAUGGGUGGCCUUACAUCCGAAUCAGGUGGUUCUGACUGUAUCACAAACGAUGUGGGCUCGAGGGGUUCACGAGAUCUUCGACCUUGAAGUGCCGCUGCGUAUUGAUACAGCACUGCUUGAUUAUGAGAGGAAAUGCAUAGCGGACCUCAACGACCUAGCGGCGCUAACUCGACAAGAUCUCACCUCGCUGUUUCGGAAAGUCCUCUGUGCUCUAAUAACAGUCGACGUGCAUGCGAGAGACACCAUCACGCACAUGGUGGAGAAGCAUGUGCAGAGAUCGAACGACUUUGAAUGGCUGAAAAUGAUCCGCUAUUACUGGGAGGACGACAUUGACAACUGCGUGGCGAGGAUGUCCAGCGCUAUGUACAUCUAUGGACACGAAUAUUUGGGUGCUGGAGGUGUGCUGGUGAUCACGCCGCUCACGGACAGAUGCUACCUGUGCCUCAUGGGCGCGCUGCAGCUGGACCUGGGCGGCGCUCCGGCUGGACCAGCUGGCACCGGCAAGACGGAGACCACGAAGGACCUGGCUAAGGCGCUCGCGAUACAGUGCGUGGUGUUCAAUUGUUCUGAAGGUCUGGACUACAAAAUGAUGGGCAGAUUCUUCUCGGGUCUGGCCACGUCGGGGGCUUGGUGCUGCUUCGAUGAGUUCAACAGAAUCGAUAUCGAAGUACUCUCUGUAAUCGCUCAACAGUUGAUCACCAUACGGAAUGCUAAAGUGGCGAAGCAGACUAGAUUCAUGUUCGAGGGUCGCGAAAUAAAACUGGUGCGAACUUGCGCCGCCUUCAUCACCAUGAACCCAGGGUACGCAGGAAGAACUGAACUGCCUGAUAACUUGAAAGCCCUGUUUAGACCUAUUUCUAUGAUGGUGCCUGAUUAUGCACUGAUAGCAGAAGUUAUUCUAUAUUCAGAAGGCUUUGAGUCAUCAAAAGGUUUGGCCAAGAAGAUGGUCCAAAUGUACAAGCUAUCAAGUGAACAGUUGUCCAAGCAGGACCACUACGACUUUGGCAUGAGAGCCGUUAAAAGUGUACUUGUAAUGGCUGGAGCAUUGAAACGCGCCAGUCCGGAUCAGCACGAAGAGAUGACGCUCCUCUGCGCGCUGAAUGACAGCAACUUGCCCAAGUUCCUUGCAGCAGACGCGGUGCUGUUCGCUGGCAUACUGUCCGACUUGUUCCCCGGAGUGUCCCUGCCAGUGAGAGAUUAUGGCGUCAUGGUUGAUGUUAUAGCGACAAUACUCAUCGAGCGCAAGUUACAAGUGGAAGAGUGUCAAAUAAAGAAGGUGAUACAGUUGCACGAAACAAUGAUCGUCAGGUGGGGGGUCAUGUUGGUCGGGCCGACUGGCGGCGGGAAGACCACUGUGUUACAUGUGUUAGGUGAUACCUACACUCGUUUAUGUGAAAAUGGCGUAGAAGGUCCGACAUACCAGAUAGUCCACAAGUAUAUAAUGAACCCCAAGAGCCUCAGUAUUGGUGAACUGUACGGGGAAGUGAAUCUGCAGACCCUGGAAUGGCAUGACGGCAUCCUACCACUGUCCCUACGUACAGCUGUACAGUGCGAAGAGCCAGACCACCAGUGGCUGAUUUGCGACGGGCCUGUGGACGCGGUAUGGAUCGAGAACAUGAACACCGUGCUCGAUGACAACAAGAUGCUCUGUCUGUCCAACUCCGAGCGGAUUAAACUGACGCCCUAUGUGCAUAUGGUAUUUGAGGUAGCAGACUUGGCUCAAGCAUCACCAGCAACAGUAUCACGAUGUGGUAUGGUCUACAUCGACCCUGGGGAGCUGGGCUAUCUACCGUUUGUCAGGUCCUGGCUAGCUGAAGGGAUAGACAAGAAUCUCUUCACGCAGGAGAACUCCGACUUUCUGUACGAGCUCUUCAAAAUGUUGGAGGUUGGAUUGACUCACGUGAACACUAAGUGCAGUGUUGGGAUCAAACAGGUGGACAUAAGUAAAGUAUCAGCGCAGUGCUGUCUCAUGACUGCAUUACUCUCUGAACCUGGCGAGAGAUUUCCGGACAAAGCAGCGAUCAAAACUUAUAUCGCAUACUGUUUCAUUUUCUGCUAUAUUUGGUGCAUCGGUGGGAACAUUCUUGAAACCAACCGUAAAGCCUUCGAGGAAGUUGUUAAGAGACAAUUUGAGGCUUUCGAAGAGGCUGAGUAUUUCCCCCAAGGUUUCAACUUCUUCGACAUGUUCAUGGACACGAAGCACCGCAAACUCAAAGUGUGGGCUGAAAUCAUCCCGGAGUUUUUGUACGAUUGCAACAAGCCGUUCUUUGAAACCCUCGUGCCAACAAUAGACACUGUGCGAUACGGAUACUUGUUCCAGAAGCUUCUGGGCGUUUGUAAACCCGUUAUGUUUACUGGAAAUACGGGGGUUGGCAAGACAGUGAUAGCUGCAGAGGUUCUGAAUAAAAUGGCCAGCGGUGGUAUAUACAUACCAGUUAUAUUAAACUUUUCCGCGCAAACUAGCAGUCCUAGGACUCAGGAGGUAAUAGAACUCCGCUUAGAGAAGCGACCUCGCAAAGCAAUAGGGGCUCCUCUCGGUAAGAAGGUUGUGAUAUUCAUCGACGACGUCAACAUGCCUCGACUAGACGUAUAUGGUGCUCAACCCACUAUCGAGUUGCUGAGGCAAUUCCUAGAUUUCGGCGGUGUAUACGACCGCGACAAACUCUACUGGAAAGAGAUCCUGGAUGUAGUGCUAUCGUGCGCCUGCGCACCUCCCGGCGGCGGGCGCAACCCGCUCACCGGCCGCUUCGUGCGGCACUUCGCGAUGUUCUACAUAUCGGCGCCCAAUUCUGAAGCUAUGAAGACUAUUUUUAAAGCAAUCCUCAAAGGUCACAUGGAGGACUUUGUGUCCGAGGUAUCAGUACUAGGUGACCCCAUUGUCAACGCGGCCGUUGACGUCUACCUGAAGAUCUGCGCGGAAUUGCUCCCCACUCCAGCCAAGUCCCACUAUGUGUUCAAUUUGAGAGACUUGUCGAAGUGCAUGCAAGGGGUACUGCAAGCCAAUGCUGCAUACAUGAGAUUACCGCAAGCUAUGUUGAGAUUGUUCUAUCACGAAUGCCUGCGCGUCUUCCACGACCGUCUCAUCAACAUAGAAGACAAGAGCUACUUCUACCACCUGAUGUGCACAGUCUGCCAGAAGAACUUCCAACAACCGAUCCUGGAGAUACCAGAGGAUCCUAUCAUAGAACAACCACCAGUCCUCCUUUUUGGUGACUUCCUGAACUCGGCUGUUCCCAAAGAGAAUAGGACUUACCAGGAGAUUCCAGAUAUACAGAAACUGAUGGUUGUAUUGAAGGAGUACCUCGAAGAGUACAAUUCGACGGCUCGAGCGGAAAUGAACCUGGUACUGUUCCGUGAUGCGGUGGAGCAUGUGGCCCGCGUGGCGCGCGUGCUGCGCGCGGAGCGAGGCCACAGUCUCAUGGUGGGGCCCGGGGGCUCCGGGAGACGCUCCGUCGCGACGCUCGCGGCGCAUGUUAAUGAGUGCAAGUGUAUGGGUAUGGAGUUGAAACGUAACUACGACACUCCAGAGUUUCACGACGAUUUGCGUAAGAUGUACAUGAGAGCGGGCGUCAGCUGUGAGGACACUGUUUUCCUAUUCACCGACACUCAGAUCACCAAGGAGGAAUUUCUAGAGGACAUCAAUAACAUGCUCAAUUCUGGCGAGGUGCCGAACCUCUUCGAGGGUGACACCUACGAGCAAGUGCAGAGCGGGUGCCGCAACGACGCCGCGAAGACCGGCAUCAAUCCAGCCGACCGGGACGCGGUGUACUACUUCUUUAUCAACCGAGUACGGGCUAAGCUGCAUCUCUGUGUGUGCAUGAGCCCCGUUGGUGAGGCGUUCCGUCGUCGCUGCCGCAUGUUCCCGUCCCUUGUGAACUGUUGCACGAUAGAUUGGUUCACAAAGUGGCCACCAGAGGCGCUGCUCUCUGUCGCGCAGCAGUGCCUCCAACCGCUCGGCGACCAAGACAUAAUCGACAAGAUAUCCAUGCUAUGUGUCACUAUGCAUCAGGACGUGGACAUAAUGACCGACCGGCUGUACGAGGAGAUGCGUCGCCACUUCUACACCACGCCGAGCAGUUACCUGGACCUGCUGAAGCUUUAUCUGGGCCUCUUGGAUCGCAAGCAGCAGGACAUUAUACGCGGAAGGGACAGGAUAUCCUGCGGGCUGCAUAAAUUAUACGAGACGUACGAAGUGGUGGGCGUGAUGGAGCAACAGGUGCGAGACAUGGAGCCGAUUCUCGCCAAGAAAGCUGAAGAGGGCAUGGCGCUAGUGGCUCGCCUGAAAGUGGAACAGAAGGCGGCCGACGAGGUGAAGCAGGCUGUCAUGAAGGAUGAAGCUGAGGCUAAAGUAAAAGCUGAAGAAGUGAAGCAGAUAGCUGACGAAGCCAAGGCGGACCUCGCGCUAGCCAUGCCUGCUAUGGAAGCUGCCCAGAACGCGCUCAAGGCGCUCAAUAAGGCAGAUAUAAACGAGCUGAAGGCAUUCCAGAAGCCACCAGCUUUGGUUCGGUUCGUGAUGGAGCCUGUGUGCAUCUUGCUGGGCGCCAAGCCAGACUGGGAUUCCACAAAGAAGCUUCUAGCGGAUGUCAACUUCAUCAGAAACCUGGAGGAGUAUGACAAGGACCACAUCCCCGACUCGCUGCUGAAGAAGAUCAAGGUCUACCUCACGCACAAGGAUUUCAACCCAGACACCGUGGUUAAGGUGUCCAAGGUAUGUCGAUCCAUGGUGCUCUGGGUACAAGCGAUAGACAUGUACGCAAAAGUGUUCAGAGUCGUCGAGCCGAAGAUUUUGAAACACAAAGAAGCGGCGGCCAUUUUGAAAAGUGUAAUGGCGGUGCUUCGCGCCAAGCAGAAGGAAGUUGAAGCUAUAGAAGCACAACUUGCAAAAAUGUUGGACGAACUAAAGGUGGUAGAAGAGGAACGAUUAAAACUGCAAGCCGACGUGGAUUUGGCUGCAGCAAGAUUGUCUAGAGCUGGGAAACUAACCCAGGCUCUGGCGGAUGAAAAAACGAGAUGGGAAGACAGCGUCGAAGCAGCGACAUACAAGCUGAAAUGCACCACGGGUGACAUCAUCAUAGCGUCCGGCUGCAUCGCGUACUUUGGAGCGUUCCCGUCGCACUACCGUCGCGAACUGGAGACCAAGUGGGUGGAGCACUGCCAUGAGCUGGAGAUACCCUCGUCUGAUACCUUUGAUCUUAUAUCAGUAAUGGCUGACUCGUACACUGUGAGAACGUGGAACGCCCAAGGUCUUCCACGAGACGCUGUGUCCACUGAGAACGGAAUUCUGGUGACCAGAGCGGGAAGGUGGCCCCUAACUGUUGAUCCACAGGAGCAGGCAAAUAGGUGGAUAAAAAGCAUGGAACGAGACAACGGUCUUCAAAUAACGAAACUAUCUGACCCUGGCUACCUUCGUAUCCUGGAGAACUGUAUCAGACUCGGUUGGCCUAUGCUCAUUGAAGACCUAGGUGAAGCCCUAGAGGCUACUCUAUCACCCGUGCUUUUGAAACAGACUUUCCUACAGGCCGGUCGCCUGCUCAUUCACCUCGGCGACAGCGACAUAGAGUACGACACGAACUUCCGCCUGUACCUCACGACCAAGCUCGCCAACCCGCACUACUUGCCCGAGAUCUGCAUACAAGUGACGCUCGUCAACUUUACUGUCACCCUGUCUGGCCUGGAGGAACAGUUGCUGGCUGACGUGGUCCGUCUAGAACGACCGGACUUAGAAGUACUUCGAACAGAACUCAUAGUACGAAUUAAUGCUGACAAAGCAACGCUACUGGAAAUCGAGGACAAGAUCCUACGCCUGCUGUAUGCUUCCUCUGGAAACAUUCUGGAUGAUGAGGAACUUAUAGAAACGUUGAAUGAGAGCAAGGAAACGUCAGAGAUAAUAAACGCUCGUCUAGCGGAGACUGAAGCGACAGAAGUGAACAUAUCCGCGGCCAGAGAGAAAUACCGGACGGUGGCCACUCGCGGUGCUGUGUUGUACUUUGCGGUGGCCCAGCUUGCGGACAUCGAUCCUAUGUACCAGUUCUCUUUGAAAUACUUUACACAGGUAUUCAAUUUAGUUAUCGAGAAAAGUGAAAAAUCGGAUAUAUUAGAGAAAAGAUUGGAAAUACUCCACGACGAGAUAACCCUGUCGGUGUACAGGAACGUGUCUCGGGGGCUGUUCGAACGGCACAAGUUGGUGUUCAGCUUUCUGCUGAACAUGGCCAUUUACCUGCAUGCGGGCAAAGUGCACCAGGAUCAGUGGAACUUUGUUUUGAGGGGACCCGCUGGUACUAAAGUGGUACCAGGUAAGAAGCCACCUGUAGAGGCUAUGUCGGAUCAGAUGUGGCUCGCCGUGAACCACCUGAACGAGUCCGACCCGAGCUUCGCUGGUCUGCUUGAAGAUUGCUUUAGGAAGAUAGACAUCACUUUGGGAACAUUUACUGUGGAGAUUCACGUGAACAAUAACGAUAAGACUCCAGCGAAGAACAAUUGGAACGAAACGCUAUCACCAUUCGAGAAGCUAAUGAUAAUCAGGAGCUUGAAGGAGGAGAAGCUGGUGUUCGCGAUUGCUCAGUACGUGAGCACCAGCCUCGGGGCCGUGUUUAUAGAGAGUCCGACCGUACAAUUGAGUACUUUAUACGCAGACACAGCAGCGCCAAUACCACUGGUGUUCGUCUUGAGCACGGGAUCUGAUCCGUUUGGAGCUUUCCAGAAGUUCGCCACAGAAAUGGGGAUGCGGGAGCGGUUGCACUCCAUCUCGUUGGGCCAGGGACAAGGGCCAGUCGCCGAGAGGAUGAUAAACGCAGCGAAACCGAAGGGCGAUUGGGUGUUCCUGCAGAACUGUCACUUGGCGGCAUCAUGGAUGUUGAGUCUCGAAGUGAUAGUCGCCCAGAUGGGCGGUGAGAACAGUGGCCUGCAUCCAGACUUCAGGCUGUACCUUAGUUCGAUGCCCACUCCCAAGUUCCCGGUGUCUGUUCUGCAGAACUCCGUGAAGGUCACCAACGAACCACCGAAGGGCUUGAAGGCGAACGUCAAACGGGCCAUGAUUGAAAUGGACGAGGACUUCUUUGAAAAUCAUGUUCUCGGUCAGGACUGGCGCACCAUGCUGUUUGGUAUCUGCAUGUUUCACGCCAUCAUCCAAGAGCGCAAGAAGUUCGGUCCCCUCGGGUGGAACAUCACAUAUGAGUUUAAUAACAGCGACCGAGAAUGUGCCAUGCUAAACCUACAAAUGUUCUGCGAAGAUGGACACAUACCCUGGGAUGCUCUGGAGUAUAUUACCAGUCAAAUAACAUAUGGAGGUCGGGUCACCGACAUGUGGGACCAGCGCUGCCUUACCACCAUACUGACUCUCUUCUUUUCCGCACCAACCCUCGAACCAGACUAUAAAUAUUCCUCCUCUGGGACCUACUAUUGUCCCCGGGCAGACAAAUUGGAAGAGGUCCGUGAGUACAUCGAAACUCUGCCCGGGAUAGAGGACCCGGAAAUAUUCGGGAUGCAUGACAAUGCUAAUAUUGCAUUUGAGAAUAAAGAAACCAGCACACUAGUCCAAACAAUAGUGGACGUACAGCCGCGUACAGGCGGCGGUGGUGGGGGAGAAACGCCAGAACAAAUAGUCUGGCGGAUUUGUGAAUCUACUCGCGCUAAUGUGGCCACUAAGAUAGACAGGACGCAAAUACACCCAGACCUCAUGGUGCCAGACGAUAUGGGUCAACUCCACUCACUAACGACAGUGCUCUUGCAUGAAACGGACAGGUUUAACAAACUGCUGGUGCUGAUACACGCCUCGUUAAAUGAACUGCAGAAGGCUAUCAAGGGUGUAGUGGUAAUGUCGGAAGCUUACGAGGAAGUAUUCAACUCGUUCCUGAACAACAAAGUGCCAGCCAUGUGGCACAGACAGGGCUACAACUCGCUCAAGUCACUUGGUAGCUGGAUACACGAUCUUACGUUGAGGGUUGACUUUAUAGAGAAAUGGCUUAUAGAGGGUGCUCAAGUGAGCAGCUGGGUAUCUGGAUUGUUCUUCCCUCAAGGCUUGCUAACUGGCUCGCUGCAAGCUUACGCGCGCCGGUAUCGAGUUCCGAUCGACGCUUUGAUGUUCGACUUUGAGCCUGUACCGUUCUUUUUGUCUCAGGAGGACGUGUAUAAGUAUAAUAAGCGGAAGGUUAAGGAUGAUGCGGCAACAGUAUUUGGAAAUUUGGAACGACCAGAGGAUGGGGUGAACAUCCAUGGACUUUUUAUAGACGCGGGUCGGUGGGACACCAAGAAAAAUUGUCUCACUGAUGCUUUGCCAGGUCAAAUGAACCCCUCUCUCCCGGUGGUGUGGUUCAAACCAGUGCUGUCCCUGCCGAAGCCGGACCCGCGGUACGAAGCUCCCCUGUACAAGACCUCGGAAAGGGCCGGGACCCUCUCCACCACCGGCCAUAGCACCAACUUUGUGUUACCCGUCCUCCUCCCAGCAGACAUGCCCUCCGAGUUCUGGAUCAUACGAGGCACAGCCCUACUCACCCAGAUCACUGAUUGAAUAAUAAAUAUCGCACUC